CAAAAAUAAAAAAAAAAAUCAUCCCAGGCAGCUUCCUUGGAGGAGUAUGAAGCUGCUACUAAGACUCUGAGGUCCCUAAAGCAGAGGUCAAAAGACUACAUGAGAGUCAUCUCAGGUUAAUUACAGAGGAGGAAGCUUCCAACAAAAGAAUGUGGCACAGGUGAAAAAAGUUCCAAUUUAUCUUGAUUGUCCUACUCAUCAACUUACCUGUGUUUUUACUUACUUUCAAACUUAACCUGCUGUACAGGUGCAAUGUGUCACCAAUUAGUGUAAUGCCUUAAAAUGGAGAGCAGGAAGAAGGUUCUAGGCUGUACUAAUUGUAGGUUUUAGAGAUGGAGAUGUUCUUGAAAGAGCUUGGGUUGGCUUCUAAGAUCUUGAGUGAUUUUCAGGAUAUGUAUGAAUAUGAGAACCGUUUAAAAACCUUCACAAACUGGCCUUUUACAGAGAACUGCAAGUGUACUCCAGAGAAUAUGGCAAAGGCGGGUUUUGUCCACUGUCCAAAUGCAAACAGACCAGAUGUGGCAAAAUGUUUCUUUUGCUUGAUAGAACUGGAAAGCUGGGAACCAAAUGAUGAUCCAUGGGAGGAACACACCAAACGUCACAGUUGUGGAUUUUUGUCCCUUACUAAGCACCUGGAUGACCUGACAAUGGAGGAGUACUACAUGCUGGAGAUGACACGGCUGAGAACCUUCCUUCAAAUGUGCUUCAUAAGUUGGCAGAACAGAAAGCCAUUACUUUGGAAAUUGCGUUGCAUUGGAAACAUGAGGAAGGCAAAUGCUGUUUGGAAUGAUGCUACUUGAAUGGAUGGUUCAACUGUCCCUGCUUCCAGCAACCUACAAGCACAUUUCAGCGACAGGAGUGAACCUGAAGAGAUGUUGGGCUGCUGCCGCUGAAAUAAAUGAAGAUGCCAGAUUCCAUUCAGUCAAUAGUAGCAAUCCUGCUUAUUUUCUUUUUCUUUUCUAUUUUACUUUGUCCUUCAUAGUUCCCUUGCUGUCAUCAAGAAUGAAAGGCUUUGGGACAAAAAUGAUGUUUUUUCUUGGAGUCUGAAGUUUGACUUGCAAAUAAGUUAAAGCUUGAUCAUUUUUACUCACCCUUAGACUUUUGUGCUUGCUCUAGGUUUUUAAACAGCAAACAUUAAAUUAAAAAAUUGCCAUGUAAAGUAUAAGGCAAGUCUGUGAGUAAUAAUAAAAAAAAGGAUCAGAUGGUGUAAAAUCAUAAUAGCUCUGUUGGAGUCGGAGAGAAUAAGCUGCUUAACAUAAGCGGGGAGACUGGCCUGAGAAAGGCACAGUAAAGUGGCUGUAUUUUCUCCAGAUGUAUAUAGGAAAGUAAAAUGCAUUAAGUAAUUAUAGAAAGACUCGAUAAAUAAUCACUAAUGAAUAUCUUUUUUUCUCUUCCUGUUUGACCCCUUGAAGGAUACUGUUGUAUUUUAAUUUCCUUGAGUUUAUUUAUUGGAAUUGUUAACUAAGAUUCUGUGAGUGUUUUGCAACCUAGAACUUAUUAUGAGUAGUUGGUUGGGAUGAUUCCCUAUGCAAUACUCAGGCUGUUUUGUUUUAUGACCUGACUAUCCUUGACUGUGUAACUCUUGUAAGAAACCUGGUACUAAGAAUUGCUGUCUGCAGAGCCAGUAGAGUUCCAGUACUAAAAAGUUGCUUUAAUCAAGGUGACAAAGGUGUGCAGCAUAUCAAACAUGGCUUGUUAUGAUGUUAAAUGUCUGCAGCCCUUUGAAUAUUUAAUAUGUUGGGCUACUGGAGAGGUUUGGAACACACCUGCUUCCCCCCUCGCUGUGGAAAAUGUCCAUCUUGAACCAAAAAAAUAGUUCUAACACUUUAAUUCAUACAUGCUGCUUCAGCGCAAUAUCCAGUAUGAGGCAGCUGCUCAUCACUUGUUCCUCUGUAAAAUAAGAUGCAUACUUUGUGAUGCAUCAUUGUGUGGUUUUUAUACCCACAGUGUAAAAGAAAAAACUGUUCCUUCUCCCCCUGGCCUCCCCAGAUUAUUAGAAUUUGCACUGUUUUCCAUAAUCUUAGAGAGGACAAUGACACAAAUUAUCUGGCCUCAAAUUUAUUUUGAGAGUCAUCUCUUGUUUAGGCUGUCUGUGCUUGGACAAUGUUUUAUUUUAUUUUUGGCAAGGUUUUGAUAAAAAUAAAAUUAAUUUUUCUUUGAAGGUAGAGAAGACAACCUUCAAACUGGCCAAUAAGCCUUAAUCCUGUCCUGCUUUCCUCUUGAUGAUCAGUCUAACCAUUAACCACAAUCAUUUCAGCUACUAAGCAGAUUUAUGAGAACAUCUGCAGAAAUAAAGUCCUUGUGAGGAGAUCUUCCUAGGAUAAAUUGUCGCAGACAAUGGAAAAGAGAGCUGAAAAAAGUCAGUAAAUCUUCAACAAAAUGCCACAGAUUUACAACUCUGAAAUAGUUUGGAGGGACUCAAACCAUGCAGGUUUGUUUUGUUUUGAGGAGAAAGGAAGAGCUGUGACAGUUAUUCUGACAAAUUCUCUUUAGUUUUUCUUAUCACUUUUUUUUGAUUUAUUCAAAUCUGAGAUGAUGCAAGAUGAAAUGGGAGGGCAAAAUACUUUCUUUCAGUUACGUUAAAAGGUUGUGACACUUAAUGUAUAUACUGGGGUUUUGUGUUUAAAAUCUUAGCUGGGUGGAUUUUAGUAAGCACUGUUCUUCAUUUGUCCUCAACUAGAGUACAUUCAAAUUUGUUGGUUCUUUGUGCUGUAGAAUAAAUAAUUCAGUGUAAGAACUAGGGAUGGAAAAUAAUAGUGCAAUUGUGCUCACCUACCGCCUCUCCUUUUAAUCUAUUUUUGUAUUUUGUUGCAGUGAUCCUCAGUAUUGUUUCCAACAGUCCUCUUCCCAAUGGAAGAAGUAUUUUCAGUAUCCAUAUUUUGUUAGAUACAGGUUUCCUGUUAUUUUCUGUGACCAACCACAGUGAUGCUCACGAGAUGUGCGGAUGGUGCACAUGUGUAUAGGGACAAAAAAUCCAUUCGUUAAGCUUUAUGGCAGCAGGAUUAGCAGCUGAACUUAAUAGUUGUAAUAGAAAGAUAAAACAAAAAACAUGGGUUAAGCUGUUUUGGUUUGGGAUGGUUAUGCUAGUAAUGGAUAAAAUAUGACAUUUCCAUAUGUGCCUAAUGUGUUUAUAGUAUGUCCACUCUUUUAAAAAAAAUAUUUAUUUGGAUUUCUGAAUAAAAAAAUAUCUUCCAUGGAAAUGGAUUCAGCUGUUUUCUAAAAGUUGUUCUGUUUCCUUUUAGAUUCAUUGAGAUGCACCAGAAGCCCUUAUGAAGGGCUAAGGUACAAACUUGUCAUAGAAUUUAGGGUACAGGUUGUCUCUUUGGAGAGUCCAUGUGGUUUUGCAUCAGUAGGCAGAAAUGUUCUGAUAGAUGUGUUGUUUUUAUUACAACCAAGUGGUUUGCCCUGUAAUGGAAAGAUUCCCAUCAAAAAGUCUGAAGACUGGCUUUCUGUAUUUCUGGAGAAUAAAGUAAGAUAAAGCAAUUUUACAAUGAUUUAUGCAGCUUGAGGAAAAGCAGAGGUUGAUAAAGUAGCAUUAAUACCAUGUCACCUAGCAACAGGCAGUAAUAAGGUUCAAAACCAAUUCGCGUGUCAUUUUGUGCCCAAAAUUUUGCAAAUGAGCCUUCCGUAGUGGAACUAGUUAAACCAUUUCUGCUAGUGUCUUGGACUUGAGAUUUGUGUAGUUUUAUCCUUGGUAUGUUGAGUUAUUGUUUUCAUAUUCCCUCUGGCAACUUUUAUUGUGAUCCUAGGGAAGCACUUUAUUUUAAGUGCUAGCACACUUAGUUCUGUAUUUUCAAGAGAGUAGAGAAGCAGAGAGGCUUCUUUUUUUUUUUUUUUUUUUUUUCCAUCUUUGAAGAACUACAGGAAAAUGAGUUUAAUCAAGCCUUUUGUUUUUUGUUUGUAGGCACAGCAUUUAGUAAACAAAUAAACAAAACCCCAAAACAACAACAAACAACAACAACAAACCCAAAAAAACUUAGUAAUUCAGUGCUGGUUUUUCUUAUCCAGAGGCUGUUACUGUUGAGGCAGACACUGGUUUGAUAUCUGCCUUAGAGUUUACAAAUCAGUGUGUUAAUGUCAAUUGUCUAGUUCUUCUCCCUGGUGCAGUGACUAUCACUACAGAAAUGCCAACAAGAAACAUGUAACAUUGAGCAAGGAAGAUCAAAUGUGACUGGUCACAAAGGAGGAUGCUUGAGAAACUACUGAAGAUGUUGUCUCGCCUGUCCCUUCUAGCAUUGGAGCUGCUUUUAUGUCCUUUCCUGAGUUCCUUGAGUGUUGUGGGUGUUUAUUUAAAUCUCUGCUUUCAGGCUCUGUCAUGAGUGACAGAUUUAAACCCCCUGCAAACUAAAGAUAAAUGCUUUUUCUCAUAUAAAGCAAAGAACAAAGCUGGAGCUUGAAGCAAGUAAAUAGUAGGGACAGUCUCAAAUUGCUGAUGUCUACCAACAGAAAUGGUCAGAGGCAAAACCUUCUUAAUUAUUAAUAAAUAAAUGAUACUUAAAGCUUAACAGAAAAAAAAACACUUUCAGAGAGGGUAAAGCCAGCUCUCAAAACAUUACCAUUGCUAGGAUACUUCACAGAUCCUGCAUUUAAAAUCAUUUUCUGAUAUAGUAAUGGCACUUUCAGAAAAAACUUCUUCCUACUGUUUCUGACAAACUACCAAGUGUAGGAGGAAGAGGCACAUUAAACAUAAGAAUUCCAAGUUCAUCACCUUAGCAAAGACAGAAUAUUCUACAUCCAAAUUGAGGAAUUUGGAAUUUCACAUGAAAUCUGUGAGGGACUUUGCUACUGAUGCUUCCCCUUGUUUAAAAAGGAUGCAGACAUUGAACAGUACAGGCAUGUACAAUCAUUCCUGAGUAAAUCAAGUCCCAUCCUACCUGGACAAGUAACUGUGCAUUAGUUGCUUCACGAGAAGGUCAGUGAUGGGCCAGGACCCCUUGUUAGCCACGAGUUCUGUGUUUGGAGCUCCUGAUGUGCACAUAUGCUUGUGUUUUUUUUCUGAAAUGUUUUGGACCUAGUCCUUAUUUGGAUUACAAAAAUAAUA